AUGGAUGACUAUACUAGUCGACUUCCACCUGUUACUUUGGAAGUACCAGCAAGUAAAGAGUCCAACCAAGUAGGACUUCAACAGAAUCAGGCUUCCACGAGUCCACCCCAACCCGUCACGGAGAUUCAACCAUCAAGCACUGGCGUUCUCGAGACUACCGCAAAUCCUUCAAACUUCAAUAAUGCAGAACCACCUUUACCCCCAUCCUCGAUACUCAGCCCAAGACCCUCUCCGAUUCCUCCUGCAGAGACGCAUCUCGAAGUUCCCCGAUUCACACAAUCCCCAGUAUCAUUCGCUCAUGACCGGGAUGCAAACUCUGGUGGAUCUCGAUCUACAGAGCAGGAUUUGCCACCAGUACCCGAGAAAAUAGUACCGCUUGGAGACAAUCAUCCGGACCCUCGUGCAGCGCCCCUCAGCACUCGUAGACUAUCCAGACCCCUCAGUGAGGACGUAGAUACCAGAAGACUAACCAGAAGCUCAUUCAAUACACAAUCGGCUCCAAGAAUUAAGACGGCGGGCGAGCGUCUGGAACCUACCCUCGUCUCUGCGAGAGUUGCUCAGGAGAAAUACACUGCCAAAGCUAAGGUUACGGGAUUCCUGCUGAACGCGGCGAUUGGUCUGCAGGUUUUGUUGGGAGGUAUUUCAACCCUCGUCGCAUCCUAUCUCGCUAGAACGCGUGGUUCAAACGAGCCAGAGCUAUCCAUAGCUCGUGUGAAGGAUCUUGAUCAUUUCAUUCGAGAAUGCGAGGCUUUUCAGAUGGAUCACGGCCAUAAGUCAGACUCAGAUCUAGAUGCCAGGAUCGAUGAUCUUCGCCGCAAGUUCGAAGACUUACUUGGGAAUGGUAAUGGCGAGAGGAAAUUAUCGUCGGUGUAG